AUGUCGUCUUCAGGCGUUGAUACAAUGGUCGUUUCUCAGUUUGUUGAAAGCAAAGUCAGAAAAUGGUUUCAACUAAAUAACCUCAAGCGCAAUGGAUUCAUAAGUAAACAGGACUAUUCAGACAUGACGGCUACAUUCAUCAAAGAGUUUGAUUUAGACGAGAAAAAGGCACAAGCCAUUCGAAACUGGUUAGAAAACGGUUGGGAAAUUUUGAUUAAGAAAGGAGAAGAUAUCACAGCGCAAGGUGGCUCGGGUGGAGUGUCACCAGAAAGUGCGCCCAAACUUCUAGAAGUAGGAAGGAAGAUGCGAGAAAAUGGCAACAUUUCUGAAAACGAGUACAUUGCAGCUUUUAAAGAACUUGUUGGCUUCAAUAAGAAUUUGUUUGUCGAAACCUUUGCAGGUAUGGUAGGGAGCUUUUUUGACGCCUUCGAUGUGAACAACACUGGUUAUUUAAUCAGCGAAAAUUUUCAAAAGGGUAUGAAGUGUUUUGGAAUGACUAAUUCAGAGGCAGUAGACACGAUGUUUAAAGCCAUGGAUACAAAGAAGGAAGGAAAGAUCGAUAAAGAAACAUACGUCGGUCACUGGAUCGAAUUCAUGACGGGGGAUAACAAGGAAGGGGUGAUUGCACAGUUUUUAUGCAGAAUGUAAAAACUUUCAUUCUACAAGUCCUACAUGAACUCAAGUUUAUCUUUGGCACUUAGAAUCCUUGUCAGCUGAAUGAAUGAUAAAUGUUUAAACUGUAUGUUGUGACCGUGUAAAUUUAUUCUCAUUGAAAAUGUAAUGUUUUGUUACACUUUUCAAAACAGAAUGCUAAGUAUAUA